CCUGCAUCGGCUCAAGCAUUUUCUGCCCUGGAUUUUCUCGCUCUGUUGUGUGUGUCGGACGCCUCCCGUGCGGGAAAGCAGCCCGGCUACGAUGGGUGCCGAUCGCAGGCUGGGCCGAGGGCGGGGCGGCGCCCUCCUCGCCGGGCUGCUGGGCGCGGCGGCGCUGGGCGCACCGCGGGCGUUCCUGCCGGGGCCGCCGGCGGAGGACCCCAGCCGGCGGGAGCUGGCCCUGGGCGCGGCGCUGCCGGUGCUCCUGGGAGCGCAGCAGGCGAUGGCCAUGCCGCGCGUCACGGACAUGGACACCUACGUCAAUAGGCGGAAGCUCGAGCUCGUUCCAAUUUUCAAGCAGGGCAUCGACUACUUGG